AUGUCAAAAUUAUUUAAGAGGUUCGGAUCAAGUUCUGAAUCAAAUAUUCAGACAGUUCCUGAAAAAGUAACUUCGACUGAAGAUGAAGAAACAUUGACCGAAUCAAAGAAAGAUAUUUUAAUGCAUCUCAUUAAGCAAAUUAAAGUUGGAUCAGAGAUUAAACACAUAGCACUACCAUGUUUUCUAUUACAACCAAGAUCUCUAUUAGAGUCAUUGACAGAUAAUUUCAAUUGUUUAGAAGAGUUAUUCAAAAUACAAACAAUUGAAAAUGAACAAGAGAGAUUCAUACAGUUCAUUAAAUUCUCAUUGUCUGCUUGGAAUACAAGACCAAAGGGAAUUAAGAAACCAUUCAAUCCAAUCAUUGGUGAAACCUAUGACUGUUUUUGGGAUAGUGGUGAUUCAAAUGGGGACAGCCACUUUAUUUCCGAACAAAUCUCUCACCACCCUCCUCACUCUGCUUUCUGCUUCUACAACAAGAAGGAGGGUAUCAUUGUGAAUGCCAACUUGUCAACCAACUAUGUCAAAUUCUAUGGUAACUUUGCAGAGUCAUCCCUAAAGGGAACCAUUGUAUACCACUUCCUCAGAACCAAUGAUACCUACGAGAUGACCAUGCCAACAAUUGGAGUGAGAGGAAUCCUGUUGGGAAAACUUGGUAGCUAUGUCAAUGGAAAGACGGUUAUAAGAAAAAUGGGUACAAGUUAUACUGCCAACAUUGAGUUUCUCAGCAAGAGUAUAGUGGGAUCAUCAAAGCACCACAAUGGAGUUAAAGGUACAAUCGAUUUUGAAAAUAAGCACCUCUACAAGAUUAAGGGUAACUGGGAUAAUCAAGUCAUUAUAUCGCCUAUUAGCCACGGUUCCGAUAUUGUACUAUUGAAUGUACACAAUGUAAAGCUAUAUCCUCACAAGUCUAUCCCAUUUGAUCAACGUCCAGAGACAGAUUCAUCUCACAUCUGGAAAAUAGUGGAAGAAGGUAUUCUCUCCAACAAUGACCAAGUAACAUCAAAAGAGAAACAAAGAAUCGAAGAGAAUCAAAGAAAAGACGAACAAUAUAGAAAAGAUAAUGGAAUCAAAUGGGUACCAAAGAAUUUUGUUUUGAAAGGUAAUCCAUUGGAUUUUCCUCCAAACUAUGUCUAUAAAGAAUUAGAGAAUAUAUUCCCUGAAGUAUACGCAUCAAAACCAACAAGUUAA